CCGCCGAUGGCUGGAGGCUGCCAGGUUCGGUGUGCGCGUUGCCACGAGGUCCUUACGGUGGCGCCCGGAAUAACAGAGUUCAGCUGCCCCAUGUGCCAGUUACCGCAGAUGCUGCCGCCCGAGCUCAUGUUGGCCGGAGGAGCCACACGCCGUCAAAAUCCGCCAGCGCAGGGCAUCGAUCCGACCAAGAUCCAGCUCCCCUGUGCCCGAUGCAAGGCCAUACUCAAUGUCCCCCAUGGCCUCACUCGCUUCAAUUGCCCACAGUGCGGCGUCGACCUCGCUGUCGACCUCAACAAGCUCCAGCAGUAUUUCUCCUCCGUCGGCUCCUCAUCGACCCCCGGACUUCUCCAGGACUUGCCGGAAGAGACCAACGAGGUUGCAGUUGAUGUGGAACGAGAAGAAGAUGAAGGUGGUGCAGUUGGAGAGACAUUUUUAGACUAUCGACCUCCGAAGUUAUCUCUUGGUGAUCCUCACCCUGAUCCUGUUGUGGAAACAUCUUCCUUGUCAGCUGCCCAACCUCCUGAGCCUACAUACCAUCUAAAAAUAAUGGAAGAGCUGGAGAAGUCUAAGGCUUUGUCUUGCUUACAGAUUGAGGCGAUAGUUUAUGCUUGCCAGCGGCAUCUACAACACCUCCAAAAUGGUGCAAGAGCCGGUUUUUUUAUUGGUGAUGGUGCUGGUGUUGGUAAAGGUCGAACUAUUGCUGGUUUGAUUUGGGAGAAUUGGCAGCACGGAAAUCAGAAGGCACUGUGGAUUUCAGUUGGUUCAGACUUGAAGUUUGAUGCACGUAGAGAUUUGGAUGAUGUGGGUGCUGCAUCCAUUGAAGUACAUGCUUUGAAUAAGCUUCCUUACUCAAAGUUGGAUUCCAAAGCUGUCGGCAUCAAGGAUGGCGUGGUUUUCCUGACAUACAGCAGUCUCAUUGCAUCAUCUGAGAGAGGUCGUUCCCGUUUACAGCAGUUGAUACAGUGGUGUGGAUCUGAUUUUGAUGGUCUUAUAGUAUUUGAUGAGUGUCACAAGGCAAAAAAUUUAAUUCCAGAAGCAGGAGGACAGGCGACUCGGACUGGGGAAGCUGUACUUGAGAUACAGGCUCGCCUACCUGAAGCUAGAGUUGUUUACUGCUCAGCGACCGGUGCAUCUGAGCCUAGGAACAUGGGCUAUAUGGUACGACUAGGACUUUGGGGAGAUGGAACGUGUUUCCCGAAAUUUCUUGAUUUUUUAGGAGCUCUAGAUAAAGGUGGUGUAGGAGCAUUGGAACUUGUUGCUUUGGAUAUGAAGGCGAGGGGCAUGUACGUUUGUCGUACAUUAAGCUAUAAGGGAGUAGAGUUUGAAGUGAUUGAGGCCCCAUUAGAGGAAAAAAUGAAGGAUAUGUAUGAGAAGGCCGCUGAAUUCUGGGCAGAAUUAAGAGUUGAACUUCUAUCAGCAAGCACAUUUCUUCCUGAUGAAAAACCCAAUUCGCGCUUGUACUGGGCCAGUCAUCAGCGCUUCUUCAGACAUAUGUGCAUGUCAGCUAAAGUUCCCACUGCCGUCAGAUUAGCCAACCAGGCAUUAGCAGAAAACAAAUGUGUAGUAAUUGGCCUUCAGAGCACUGGAGAAGCUCGAACUGAGGAAGCUGUUACAAAAUAUGGUCUAGAGCUUGAUGAGUUUGUCUCAGGACCACGAGAACUUUUACUCAAAUUGAUCGAGGACAACUAUCCUUUGCCACCGAAGCCUGAUAUAGCACGAAGGGAUCAGAGUGUGAAAGAGCUUAACCGGAAGAGGCAUUCUGUGACACCAGAUGUUUCUUAUAAAGGGAGAGCAAUAAAAGUUAAACGGAAAGCAGAAACUGAUGAUUGUGAAAGUGACGAGGAAUCUCAAACUGAUUCUGGUCAUGAAUCAUCCGAGUCUGAUGAGGAGUUUCAGAUCUGUGAAAUAUGCAAUAGUGAGGAGGAAAAAAAACUGUUGCUUCGCUGUUCCUGUUGUAGACAACAAGUUCAUCCUGCUUGUUUAGUGCCUCCUUGGAUGGAUUUGAUUCCUGCUGAAUGGUCAUGUUACUCAUGUAAGGAAAAAACUGAUGAGUAUCUUCAAGCUAGGGAUGCCUAUAUAGCAGAACUACUAAAGCGGUAUGAAGCUGCAAAUGAACGAAAGUUGAAGAUUUUGGAUAUAAUAAAGUCCUUAGAACUUCCAAAUAAUCCUCUUGAUGACAUCAUUGAUCAGCUUGGAGGCCCUCAAAAUGUUGCAGAGAUAACUGGCAGAAAGGGCAUGCUUGUGCGAGCAUCUGGUGGAAAAGGUGUUGUUUACCAGGCACGAAACACGAAGGAAGUAGCAUUAGAAAUGGUAAAUAUGCAUGAAAAGAAAUUAUUUAUGGAUGGUGAAAAGUUAGUUGCUAUCAUAUCUGAAGCUGGUUCAGCUGGUGUUUCUCUGCAAGCAGAUAAAAGGGCAUUAAAUCAGAGAAGAAGAGUUCAUUUAACGCUUGAGCUUCCUUGGAGUGCUGACCGUGCAAUUCAACAAUUUGGGAGGACUCAUAGGUCAAAUCAAGCUUCAGCACCUGAGUAUAGACUUCUAUUUACAAAUCUUGGAGGUGAACGGCGGUUUGCAUCAAUUGUUGCAAAAAGACUGGAAUCACUUGGAGCUCUAACACAAGGAGAUCGCAGAGCAGGGCCUUCUUUGAGUGCUUACAAUUAUGAUAGUUACUAUGGGAAGAAAGCUCUUUGGACAAUGUAUAGAGGGAUAAUGGAACAGGAUCUCCUUGCCGUUGUACCUCCUGGAUGUUCAUCUGACAAUCUAUCAAGCAUUCAAGAGUUUAUUAUCAAAUCAAAAGCUGCUCUUAUAUCUGUUGGAAUCAUUAGGGAUACUAUUUUAUGUAAUGGCAAAGAUGGAAAUAAACUAUCUGGUCGUAUAGUGGAUUCAGAUAUGCACGAUGUUGGCCGUUUUCUAAAUAGGAUUUUGGGCUUACCUCCUGAUAUUCAGAAUAGGCUUUUUGAGCUUUUCAUCAAUAUCCUUGAACUUCUUGUUCACAAUGCUCGAAGUGAGGGGCAAUUUGACUCUGGAAUAGUUGAUAUCAAAGCUAACAUUAUUGAACAACAAGGAUCACCUAAGACAGUUCAUGUUGAUAAUCUUUCUGGUGCUUCAACUGUACUAUUUACCUUUACAGUUGAUCGUGGCAUAACUUGGGAGUUUGCAAAGGAUGUAUUUGAUGAGAGGCAGAAGGAUGGGCUUGGUUCUACAAAUGAUGGAUUCUACGAGUCCAGAAGAGAAUGGAUUGGUAGAAGACAUUACAUGUUAGCUUUUGAAGGUACCUCGACAGGGAUGUACAAAAUUUAUAGACCUGCUAUUGGCGAAGUAUUAAGGGAAAUGCCUCUAGCUGAGCUAAAAAGCAAGUAUAGAAAGGUUUCUUCAAUCGAAAAGGCCAAUAAAGGUUGGGUAGAAGAAUAUGGAGUCUCAUCUCAACAGUGCAUGCAUGGACCCAAAUGCAAGCUUGGAAGCUACUGUACUGUUGGAAGAAGGCAACAAGAAAUCAAUAUUUUAGGUGGGCUCAUUCUUCCGGUUUGGGGCACAAUAGAAAAGGCGCUAGCUAAGCAAACUCGGCAAAGUCAUAAACGUGUUCGUAUUGUUCGUUUGGAGACAACAGAUGAUAAACGGCGCAUUGUGGGGCUUCUAAUUCCGAAUGCAGCUGUUGAAUCUGUACUCGAAGAUUUAUCUUGGGUUCAUGAUGCUGAAGAAUGAUUGAUAUAGUAUAACAACACACUUGAGCUGAUAACCGGUGCUCUAAUUUUACCAGUAAGCUGCAGACGGAAGGUAUC